GCUCCCAGUCGUCAGACUGUUGGCCAUAAGUACGCUGAGCAGAGGUCGCAGAGUGGCUCUCCAUGCCUUCUGAAUCUCCUCACCUCCCCGUCUUGGAACGCCAGUCGACUCUGCCCUGUCGACGGCCUAUGCCCCAUCGCCUCAACCCGACGGUCGCUCAACGCCUCUCCAGCUUGCUUUCUCGCCUCAGGACAUAGUGCAAUGAUUGACUCCGCCUACUAUCCUCACCUGGUUGAGGGCAUCAUGGAUGCUGCGCCGCACGAGGCUCUCCUCGCUUUCCGCGCCUCCUGCAAACACUACAAACAACGCGCCGACGCGCGACUCUUCACUCGAGUCUGCCUUCUUCCCCGCGCGGAAGCGGGCAUGUGGGGCUAUCUCUUCGGGAGUUUGUGCGCGAUGCCAACGUCGGUGGCAUGCUCCAGCAUUUCCCCAACUGAAUCACGACAUGCUGGCGUUAUUGGCUUCCACCCUCUUCCUGCCGCCAUCUCCCAUGUAGCAACACCUUCAUUCUCCGCGGAGGAGAGCGGUCUUCCAACACUAUCUUCUUCACCCACACCCACACCGCCGGCUUCGCGCCCUGUCACCCCCUCGACUACAGUAUACUCGCGUCUACCCCUCGGCCCUCCGAGCGCCCACGACAACUUAUGUCUUACCCGCGUUCUUGAUCUACCCCCGGACGACGCGCCCCGCGGGGAUGCGCUUCAGCCGCUAUUGUGGCGUCUCGAGCAAGGCCGCCCUCUGCUGGAGAUCGUGCGCAAUCACGGAUCUCGCUUACCGCGCUGCAUUUUACCGCGUGCCCACACGUUUGUCGAUUUUGCCAUCCCGUGGAACACAUAUCUACUCCGCUUGGGCUCCAGCAUGUUCCCUCCUGGCACUCAGCGUGCCGUUCUUCACGCCGGGGGCACAAUGCACCCAAACGCCGUCGAAGGCUCACUUGGAACUGUGCUAGCUGCCAUGACGCGCUGCGAGAUGCCGCGGUCAGUCAAGUCCGCCGUUGUUGUUGUCGGCAUGUGUGAAGUGGGCGCGGAGACGAUCGUCCAGCAAGGCCUUUUGCUCUAUGAGCUGGCGCAGCAAGUCAUGAUCGGCACCUUCACCCUUGAGAUUGUUGGGAUUGAGUGCGCUCUCAAGAUUCCUUUAGUGGACAGCGACGGACGUGAUAUUACAUCCCAGAUCGCUCACCGCCUUGCCCCCUUCGUCAAUGGGAGCACCUGCGCCGAAGUCACAGAUGUUUUGUCCUGUAUCACACACACGCCAAUGGAAUCAUGGAUGGGACGCGCAGGAGUUACCUCAAGGCUUGAGUGCCGCUUCGACGUGUAGCGCGCAAGUCUGAUACUCGGCCGUGGCUGGAAUCAAACGAUGGCGAUUGUAAACCAUGGUUGUCACAACUCUCCUCCGAAUUGAGUCAUGACGCUUUUGACUAGAGGGCAAUCUGCGCAUGCAUCACCGAUUGUUCGGAACGGGCUCUGGCUCCUGUUGUCGGCUCAUGAGACUGAGUCACCCGAUACCUACCAACGGUAGCACAUUGUAAUGCACCCGCCGCAAAUUCCGCCUUGAGUGCUGCCACAUCAGACCUAUCGUUCUCGCAGGCGCCCCACGGAAACAUGGCUCCAUACGAUUGCCAGAUGUUGACGCUUGUGGUAGGAAACUGACGUGUGGCCACGUUUUCAGGUCUGAUUAGUUCAUGGUCGUCAAUUUCACAUAUGAUUGAGUAUGUACAUAACAGGGGCAAAUAUGCAGGAGAGUGAAACGUA